ACCGCUUACUAUCGCACUUGCCUCGUCACUUAUUUUUGUUUUAAAUUUAUUUCCUAAGUGCUGGUCGCCUUAGAUUUACAUCAAACCCAUCGAAAAUUUGCACGCAGAAUCAGGUUUGAAAAUGGCGUCAGAUGAAGAAGACACUAACACACAGGAAGAAUUGAAAAUGGAAGGAAAAUAUGGGGUCAUAUUCUUAAUUGAUGCUAGAAGUUCCAUGUACACUAAGGACAUAGAAGAAGAUGACAACCAAAAUUUGACAAGAAUAAAUCUUGCUCUGAAGUGUUGUCGGCAACAGUUGAUGAACAAAAUAAUUGCCAAGAUGAGGGAUUUGGUUGGAGUAGUGCUCUUUGGCACGGAGAAAUCUGACCCAGAGACAAAGACCAGCAAUGUUACAUUGUUGCAAGAACUCAACUAUCCUGGGGCCCCAGCUAUAAAGAAACUUGAAGAACUAUUGCAAGAUGCAGACUCUGAAAAGAUUAAAGCAGAAUAUGGUUGCACUGAUGACUUUUUCUUGGCUGAUGCACUUUGGUAUUGCAGCUCAUUACUUUCACGCAGCCGUCAUCAAUUAGAUGACAAGAGAAUCGUACUGUUCACCGAUGACAGCAAUCCACAUCGGUCAUCAGAUGAAAAGGCUCAUAUGGCACGUAAAAGAGCACUAGACCUCCACAAAGUCAAAGUCAACUUGGAUGUAGUCCCAGUUGGAAAUGAUGCCUUCAACUACACUGAAUUCUACCAGGAGCUUGUUGAGACUGUAAAUGGCGAACCUGAAGGUGAUUUUGAAGCAACUGCAAAGCUGGAUGAUCUUCUUGAGAGAGUUAAUAGAUACGAGUACAGAAAGAGACGCUAUGCCAAACUCAGAUUCAGCCUAGGACAAAAUUUAUUUUUGGGUGCAUCUCUUUAUACAUUGUACAGGGAAGUGAACGUGCUGCCAACACAGUCCCUCAGCAGAACUACUAAUGAACCUGUUACGUCUGUCAAGCAAACUUACGAACAGGCUACUGGGCAAAUGCUUUUGCCGUCCGAUGUUGAUGAAUUCCUAUCAGUCGCUGGCACUGAAAUUUCUUUCAUGCGGGAGGAAAAGGAUGCUCUUAUGCAAAUAAUGGAGCCUGGUUUGACAUUGCUUGGUUUUAAACCAGCGUCAGUUGUACAAGAAGGACAGCACUGUGGUAGUGCAUCGUUUGUUUACCCAGAAGACACAGUGAUAAAAGGCAGCUCAACAUUCAUGAAGUGUUUAGUGGACGGUUGCAUCACCAGUAAUAGGGUCGCUCUAUGUUGUAUGACUCCUAGAAACAAAGCAGUGACCAAAUACUUCUACUUGGUACCAUCUGCAGAGACUUACGACCAGGAGGGUCGUCAACUCUCACCGUGCGGAUUCCACGCCAUACCCAUCCCUUUUGACCACGAUACGAGGGAGCAGGUAUUUGAUUACUCCUCAGAUGUUCCUCAGCAUACCUUGGAAAUAGUAAAGAAGAUUGUAAAGAAACUGAGGGCAUCGUUUACACCUGCCAAGUUUGAAAAUCCUAAGCACCAACAGUUUUGGACCCACCUGGAAGCCCUGGCAUUAGAUAAGACAGCUCCGGAACUACCUGGAGAUUCUACGCUUCCAGAUUUGGAAGCUCAAGAUUCGAGACUUGGCGAUUUGAUCCAAGAGUUUAACUCUACAUUUGAGUUAGAUGGUACUCCAACACCCACGACAGCCAAACGUGAGAUGAAAAGUAGAGAUUCUGCGGGACCCUCCAAGAGAGUCAAGAAAGAGGAUGGCGAUAUUGAUAAGAAGAUCAAAGAAGCUAUCGAAACCAGAAAAGUUGAUAAGUUCACUGUUGCUCAACUUAAGGAGUUUCUCACAAAGCAUAACGUGACAACUUCCUCAAUGAGAAAAAAGGCUGAAUAUGUUGAUGCUGUGUACCAACUGAAGUUUUAGUUUUACAGCGGUUAAAGAUUUAGAUUUUUUUAAAUCACAUGUUGAAAAGAAAAUUCAGUGAUAUGUUAAGUUCUUUUAGUUUGUGAUUAUCAUCUCUUAUUAUUUGAUACCUAAGACAUGUUUACUAAAUAACUGUCCAAAAAGACGCUAUUACUAAACAUGUCUGAGUUCAAAGUGUUAAAUUUUACGGUUAUUGUUUCCUUUACCAAAUAAGGUGUUUCCACUAUUAGUCUAACACCCUCAAACCUAUAUUUUAUUGUAAAUACUGUACAGUGUUUUGAAUAAAACCAUCUGUUUACAGUUUCAGUAUAACUUCUUGAAUACCAUUUUACAAGUUGGUGCUGUCAUAGGAAUAUAAUAAAUUACCUAAUUAGAUCCUCCAACACUAUCUGAUACAUUUACAAGACAGUAAAUAUAUCAGAUAGUGUUGGAAGACAUAAUUUAUUUAUUAUAUUCCUAACCUUAAUAUUUGGAGGAAUUCCAGUUAGAAUUUAAUCAAGAUAUUGCUACAGAACCUAUUUUUUCCUGUACCAAUAAAGUUGUUUCUAUUUACUUGUAAGUUAUUUAAAUAUCCUCAAACCUGUAUUUAAUUAUAAUUAAUUACAAAGUUUGAGUUAAAAUGCUAUUGAUCAUCACAAUUUCGAUAUAUGCUAAGGUGUUCGUUUUAGUUAGAAUUUCAUUGAGGUAUUGUUACCGUUAAUUGUUUUUUACCAAUAAAGUUGUUUCUAUUUA